AUAGAGUCCAGCGCAUGACGUUCCUGCGUCAUACCGGACUUCGCUGACAUGGGUGCGGUACACUCAGAUACACACGGAGAGCUGCAAUGUCAAAAGCAUUUGUUCUCCUUGCCACCAGGUGUCAUCUACCUCAACUGUGCUUCCCGCUCACCCAUGUUGCGCUCAGUGGAAGAAAUUGGACACCAAGCCGUGUCACUGAAGAAGCAUCCAUGGCGAAUCAGUGACAAUGGCAUUCCGGACAAGGUGCGAGCGCAGUUCGCUGAGCUCAUCGGCGUCAAGGCGGCAGAGGUGGCCUUGACGCCGUCCACGUCGUACGCCAUCUCCCAGGUAGCGCACAACAUUUUGAAGCUUGGUCGAAUAGAAGCAGGUGAUGUGGUCAUCAUUCUCCAAAACCAGAUGAGCUCCAACGUCUAUGCCUGGCAACGCCUCUGCCGCGAGUCCUCUGCAAAGCUGGUGGCCAUUAGAGGUGAUGACAGUGGAUGGGAUGAAGCUUUGGAGAGGUGUAUCCGACAGGAAAGUUCUGCAGGUCAGCGGGUGGCGGUGUGCGCUGUGCCGCACUUCCUGUGGACCGAUGGAUCGGGGCCAGUGGACUUUGCUCGGCUGAGGAAGGUCUUGGAUGAGUUGAGCCCAACGAAGCGCAGCUGUUUGGUGGUGGACGCCACGCAGUCUUUGGGGGUGGUGCCCAUUGCGGUGAAAUCUGCUGGCAUUGAUUGGCUGGCAUGUUCAGUGCACAAGUGGCUCUUCGGGCCGUAUGGCAUGUCUUUGGUAUAUGCUGCUGAAGAAUGGAGCAGCAAUCCUAUGACAGAGCCAAUCGUUCAGGAUGAGCACAAUCGUUUGGGUGCCGACGGCGACAUUUGCUUGCCCUUUGAAAUGUCACCUGUUGGCUAUUCGGAAGAUUUUCAAGAUGGCGCCAAAAAGUUUGAUGCGGGCGGCCGCCUGAAUCCCAUCCUUUUGCCCAUGGUCUCCCGAGCAUUACAGCAGGUCUUAGAUUGGACGCCCGAACGCAUUUCUUCGAGACUGACGCAACUCACGUUUCUCGACCAGCGAUGGUGGCAGAGUGACACUAACCUGGGAAAAACGGAGGAUAUCGUGGGAUUUCUAUGGGAAUACAGCUAUAAAGCUGGUAUAUGA